AUGGUUCGCCCUCGUGGUAGGUCCAACCUGGGCGUGGACAUCCGUGGCGACACCAGUGCGCCCGCGAUGUCCACCAUGAACGACGUGAGCCCAAUCGAGCCUACUUCCCCCGACAUGGGCAAGCAGUUCGAUCAUCACGAGAAAUCCGCAGCUAAGACCCAUACAAAGCGUCGUCGCAAUCGCUCGCUGCUCCAUCGUUUCGCCGACACCUGCCUCAAGUACACCUGGCUGCUGCCGCUGAUCAUUCUGGUCUUCCUGCUCUCGCUCUACGCUAUCAAUCCGACUGCGGCCAAUCCAAUGCACAGCGCAAUCUUCCUCUCCUACCCGCAGCCACCCAAGGUCCCGGGCGGCCCGAUCAUGUACGGCAAGGGUAAGAAGGAUAUUGCUUUCGUCGCGUUCUAUACAGUCGUGCUCUCGUUCACGCGUGAGUUCAUCAUGCAGCAAAUGAUUCGCCCACUCGCCGUUUUCUGUGGAAUUCGCGGUAAAGGCAAGACGGCUCGGUUCAUGGAGCAGGUUUACACGGCGAUCUACUUUGGUGUCUUCGGUCCGUUCGGCCUGUACGUCAUGAAGCGGUCGGAUAUCUGGUACUUCAAUACUACUGCGAUGUUCGAGAACUUCCCUCACCGUGAGCACGAAGCGCUGUUCAAGGCAUACUACCUUCUUGAGGCUAGUUAUUGGGCCCAACAGGCAAUUGUGCUCAUGCUGCAGCUUGAGAAGCCUCGCAAGGAUUUCAAGGAGCUGGUCGGACACCACAUCAUCACAUUAGCGCUGAUUGCCUUGAGCUACCGUUUCCACUUCACAUACAUCGGUCUGGCGGUGUACAUCACCCAUGACGUGUCGGACUUUUUCUUGGCGACUUCCAAGACGCUGAACUACCUUGAUGCGUACAUUACGAUUCCAUACUUUGGUGUUUUCGUUGGCAUGUGGAUCUAUCUCCGCCACGUGCUGAACCUGAAGAUUCUCUGGGCCGUCCUGACCGAGUUCCGUACCGUGGGUCCUUUCGAGCUCAACUGGGAGACUCAGCAGUACAAGUGCUGGAUCAGUCAGUAUAUUACUUUUGCGCUGCUUGCCAGUCUGCAGGCCGUGAACCUGUUCUGGCUGUUCUUGAUCCUGCGCAUUCUGGCCAACUACAUCUUCAACAGCGUCACCAAGGAUGAGCGCAGUGAUGACGAGACUGAGGAGGAAGUGGAGGCCGAGGUUGAGACCAAGGCUACGCUCGCCACCGGUGCCGAAUCUGCCAAGCAGGAGAACCAGGCUCCGCAGGUCCUCGUGAACGGUGAACCCGCCCUUGAGCAGCGUGGUCCCCGGACACGCAGCAGAAAAGCGUGA